AUGACGUUAACUGAAGUCAUUCAUAAAAACCAGUUACCGUGGGGACUCCGUCGCCUUCGUAGAGUAAAGCCCAUCUCCACAGACGUCCUCGAAGAAUUGUCGAAAAACGAUCACGUAAAUUCAGGGGCACCAUUAUCUAGUCCUCAGAGCGCUGUGACACCAGGAAAGCUUCUCAGGCUGUGGCUGAGAUCUCCUUGGGAGGAUUACACUCGUGUCCAGUCUCGAGAGCCUUCCCUCGCCUUUCGGAAAGGGGCAUACUUUCAAAAGGCGACAAUACGAGCCUUCCCCAAUUCUGGAGGGAUUCAACUUCUCCAAGCAUUCUCCAGCUUUCGACACCCUAACAUCGCCAAUGUUUACGACGUAUACUGCUACGACGACAGAAUAUUUGUUGCUUCAGAGUAUCUUGAGCUCUCCUUAAAUGAACUGGACUUUCACUCCUUCUCAUUCGCGGAAUGGGAGAUAGCUACUAUUAUUUUCGAAGUAUGAAUCCUUUAAAUCCUUAGUUGUAUAUCCUAACGUGCGUAGGUAGCAAGAGGGUCGGUAUACUUAUUGUUCAAGGGAGUAUCAUGUAAAGAGAUAUCCGUUUUCAAUAUACGAGUAUCUAUUGAUGGGAGCAUUAAGAUUGGUGAAUAUUUACUCUUGAGCAAUUGGUUUUAGAGAUAGACUAACUCUUUUCUAGUUCUAGACUUAGACCAAUACGAAUACGAAGCACCAGAUAAGAGUGCGCAGCUCUCACAUGUGCUCCUGGAUCUACCAUUUUUAUCUGAGAUAGUGGAAGAGAUGCUGCUACCACGAUAUCAUCUUAGCGAUGAUGAAGCAUGGUCAGAUAAUGCUAUCGAUUUCCUUUCGUGCUGUUUGUCUGGAUCUAUUGAAACUUUGCUAAAGGUAAGGAAGCUAGGUAAACUAUAUCAAAAUGAUAGCUAAUUAUUCAGCAUCCAUUUUUAGCCCAAGCCCAGUCAGCAAGCAGGCUGGCACCUCGUGUUCAAUUUGCUAUAG